AUGUACAGAGAGCGCAAGAGAUAUAAUUCUCACGCGGCCACGCACAGCCAGCCUCAGAAUGCCACCACCAAUACAAUCAGACGUCACAAACCAGACAAUGGCGCACCGAAACAAACCAAACCAAUAAGACAACCCCAAGAGAAGAAAGGGGUAUCAAAUCAGAACAAGAAGGUGGAGGAGCAUGUCCAGAACGAUAUGCAAGUAGCUAGACUAUCCAUUACAUCCGGGAAGGUGGAAGAGACAACAGAUAGCGAUGAGUCCUAA